UUUGAUAACAAUGCAUUUUUUUUAACAGAAAAGCACCCAGAAUUUGGCAAUUAACUUUAUGAACAAGUAACUUAGGGCAACAUUUCUGCGUCUUUAGUCAAAAAUUGGAUUCUAAGUACCCGCAGGAGACUUUUUUUCCCUGUUCAUACUAGGAGCUGUAACGUUAAUUACUGUAUACUGUGCCUUUAACGUUUACUGUAACUGUGAUUGGGUUCCUUUUAUAAAUCCUCCGCUCGUCAGAUGGGAGGAUCAUUGACAUCAUGGCAGUGGGCUGUUCGCGAUUACCUCGAAGAACAGUGAUUGGAACCAGGGUAUCAUCAUGUUGGACAAUUUGGAGCAAGGAAAGUUUUUCAUUUGAAUUAAGCGGUGGGAAGUUAACAAUGAGGUUACCUGAGGUCGUCUUGGAAAAUAAAGACUGAAUACAACGUUAUGGGAGGCCCGAUAAGACAUUUACUGUAAUGGAAGUACUAAAAAUGAAUUUGCUUCAAACAAAAUAACAGUGGAGACUGUGAAGCUAACCACUGAAUUUCUGUUAUUUUUAAGGUCACAUGUUGUGUUGCAACGUCAGCACAGAAACCGGAGCCGGUGCCCGUUGGUUCAAAUCUGUUAAUUCUGCUUCAUGUGUUUCCUUCUGUGUGAGUGCACGUUUUGACAUUGUGAAAAGUGGGGAAGAGUGCCUGAAAACCUUUUUUUUUAUGUUGUGCUGAAAAGGGUCGGGUUUAUUGUUUUAUUCUAAGAACAACUCUUAAAGGAGUAUCAGCUUUGAACAAAGUAGAAGCUCUGGAAUAAAAGCAAGGAUGCCAGUGAGAAAAAAAGACACAGUUCGGGCUUUAGUGCUGCUGGAAGACUAUUGUACCAGACUAAGGAAACCUGAAGAACAACAGCUAAAAACUGCCAUCCUGAGGGUGAUGGGGAUCUUCAAAAGCAGCUUGUUUCAAGCACUGCUAGAUAUACAGGAGUUUUAUGAAGUUACAUUACUCAACACACGCAAAAGCUGUGAACAGAAGACUGAAGAAGUCAAUCAUGUAGCUGAUAAAUGGGAGAGGACUAACUCCCCCACCGCAGUCCUGCAGCAUCAUCACAGAGGCCAAGAGCCAAGAGAAAAAAACUGUUUGGAAUGCUUCCUACCUGAACUGGAGCAAAAACAGCAACCAUUUCAAAACCACGAUGAAGGCAGCAAACCAGAGAACAGGUCGGCUACAGUGCAAGCUUCACCACACACUGCCCAGCCAACAUGCCUCAAUCCAGCCCUGAUGAAUACUCCCUGGAAUUACCAGUACCAGGACGAAGAUUCACUAGCACUAGAUCACGGCUACCCUCAGUUAACCAACGAAGUGCGGCCCCCAGAGCUGGUCCAUGUGUCUGAGAAGAACUUGUCUGAGAUUGAAAACGUCCACGGAUAUGUUUCUCAUUCACAUAUUUCUCCACUAAAGCCUCCACUGAUUACCCGUUUUGAUCUAACAUACCCAGGUCUGACUGCUUCAAACUACCUGGCAAGCCCUCCUCCUAUAAUUGUCAACACAGAGACGCUGGACACUGUGCCGUAUGUAAAUGGAACAGAAAUUGAAUAUGAAUUUGAAGAAAUCAUGCUGGAAAGGGGUAACUCAGGGCUGGGAUUUAGUAUUGCUGGAGGCAUAGACAACCCUCACAUCGGAGAUGACCCUGGCAUAUUUAUUACAAAAAUCAUACCCGGUGGAGCUGCUGCAGAAGACGGGCGACUGAGAGUCAAUGACUGCAUCCUGCGGGUGAACGAUGCUGACGUUUCUGAAGUCUCUCACAGUAAAGCCGUGGAAGCCCUUAAAGUGGCGGGCUCAAUCGUGCAUCUAUACGUGCGCAGGAGAAGACCCAUGCUAGAGACAGUCAUUGAAAUCAAACUCAUUAAAGGACCAAAAGGGCUGGGGUUUAGUAUCGCAGGAGGAGUGGGGAACCAACACAUCCCUGGUGACAACAGUAUUUACGUGACCAAAAUCAUAGAUGGUGGGGCAGCACAGAAAGAUGGGAGGUUACAAGUUGGAGACAGGCUACUUAUGGUUAACAACUACAGUUUAGAAGAAGUGAGCCAUGAGGAAGCUGUAGCGAUACUGAAAAACACAUCAGAUGUCGUCUAUCUGAAAGUAGGAAAGCCUACCAACGUUUACUUAACAGACCCUUACGGACCACCAGAUCUCACACAUUCUUUCUCUCCAACAAUGGAAAAUCAUAUCUCUUCGCCCGGCAACAAUGGCAGUCUGGAGUACAAUGCCACGCUUCCUCCCAUUUCACCAGGGAGAUACUCCCCCAUUCCAAAACACAUGCUCGGAGAAGAGGAUAUUAACAGGUUGGAUGGUUUUUCGUUCUUACGAAAUGCCUCAUUAGAUGAAGCUGACAGUCACAAGUUUGAUUCCCAGCACUUCCAGUUGAGGCCUCCUGAGCCCGUUUACAGCACUGUGAACAAACUGUGUGACAAACCACCUUCUCCACGACACUAUUCCCCUGCUGAAUCUGAUAAAAGCCUCCUCCACUCCAUUCCUUUCCCUCACUAUCACAUAGGCCUGCUCCCUGACUCUGAGAUAACCAGGGAGCCUCGGAAGAUCGUUCUGCACAAGGGUUCCACGGGACUGGGCUUCAACAUCGUCGGGGGCGAGGAUGGAGAGGGGAUCUUUGUGUCCUUCAUCCUGGCGGGAGGACCGGCAGACCUCAGCGGGGAGCUACGGCGAGGGGACCAGAUCCUGUCUGUCAAUGGCAUAGAUCUGCGAGGUGCUACUCAUGAGCAGGCAGCGGCUGCGUUGAAGGGAGCUGGGCAGACGGUAACCAUCAUUGCACAGUACAGACCAGAAGAAUACGGUCGAUUUGAAGCAAAAAUCCAUGAUUUGCGGGAGCAGAUGAUGAACCACAGCAUGAGCUCCGGAUCAGGCUCCCUGCGAACCAGUCAGAAACGCUCUCUCUACGUUAGAGCACUGUUUGACUAUGACAAAGUGAAGGACAGUGGUCUCCCAAGCCAAGGCCUCAGCUUCAAGUAUGGAGAUAUUCUCCAUGUCAUCAACGCCUCCGAUGAUGAGUGGUGGCAAGCGAGGAGAGUCACGCCAGAGGGAGACAGCGACGAAAUGGGAGUCAUACCCAGCAAAAGACGAGUGGAAAGGAAAGAAAGAGCGCGCCUAAAGACUGUGAAGUUCAAUGCCAAGCCAGGUGUGAUUGACUCCAAAGGGGACAUCCCUGGAGUAGGUGACGACGGGUAUGGAACAAAGACUCUGAAAUAUGCUACUUCUAUCGACAGCGAUAGUAAGAGUAGCUACACUGGAAUCAAGGGACUGACAGAAUGGGUAUGCAGGACUCCAGAGGACUUGAUUCUCUCCUAUGAACCUGUCACCCGGCAAGAAAUUAACUACACCAGACCUGUUAUCAUCUUGGGACCAAUGAAAGACAGGAUCAAUGAUGAUCUGAUAUCUGAAUUCCCUGACAAGUUUGGAUCGUGUGUCCCACACACCACAAGACCAAAGCGUGACUACGAAGUGGACGGAAGGGACUACCACUUUGUCAUCUCAAGAGAACAAAUGGAAAAAGACAUCCAAGAGCACAAGUUUAUUGAAGCUGGGCAGUAUAAUGACAAUCUCUACGGAACCAGCGUCCAGUCUGUGAAAUACGUUGCAGAACGGGGCAAGCACUGUAUACUUGACGUAUCAGGAAAUGCUAUUAAAAGAUUACAAGUUGCACAGCUUUACCCAAUUGCCAUCUUUAUUAAGCCCAGAUCUGUUGAGUCUUUAAUGGAAAUGAAUAAAAGACUGACGGAGGAGCAGGCAAAGAAGACAUAUGACAGAGCCAUCAAGCUAGAACAAGAGUUUGGCGAGUUUUUCACAGCUCUUGUUCAAGGAGACACCUUAGAAGACAUUUAUAACCACUGCAAAUUAGUCAUAGAGGAGCAAUCAGGACCUUACAUCUGGAUUCCCUCAAAGGAAAAAUUAUAAAACCUCCCCAGGAUCUGGGACUGCAAACAUAGGAAUAAUUUGUAAUAUAUUAUUAUUAUUAUUAUUAUUAUUAUUAUUAUUAUUAUUAUUAUUAUUAUUAUUUGACUUUUUGUUAUGGUUGCAUUUUUUUUUUUCGUUUUUCACUUUCAAUAUGAAUGUACACCACAAAGUGUUUGAGGCUUUCUGACCUAAAAAAAAAAAGGAUAAGGUUAUUUUUUUUUUUUGUUAAAACAACAGGAAUCGAUGUUGGACACAGAUCCGUAAAAAACAAACAAAACAAAAAAAAACGACAUCCACACAACAAUCUGUUAUAAACAUGUGGAGGUAACAAAUAUAGAUAUCAGCUCCUGUCUCUAUCCAAACAUGUUCUAGCACUCAAGUGCCCUGAAGGUACCCCUUGCACAUUUGUGGUAAACACAGUUAUUUUUUGUAUCUAUGCACACACGGACUCGAGUGUGUUUUUGUUUUGUUUGUUUAUUUUAUUAUGUAGGAGUCUACAUCACCUUAAAUCGUUUAUUUGUGUCUUCUGUGGGCUCUUAAUGAAAUAUGUGUAAUACAUAAUAUAAAGAAAAAAAACGCUUUAACUAGUGGAAAUAAAAAAGGGAUUUAACUGUGUAUGGGAAUUUUGACACUAGAUAUUUUGAAAUUUGUAUUAAUAGAGGACACUACAGCACAGAUUAAAAAAAUAAUAUUUAUAAGAAAAUAUAUAACUUUGUAAAAAGCAAAUUUUAUUGGUGGAAAAUAAGUGUUUUGCGGUACAUUUAGUACUGGCUGUUGGGAUUGUUUAAAGAAAAACAAAGGGCAAACUGAUGUGUCUUAGGACAACAACUGCCACCUUAAAAAAAAAAAAAAACACAUGAUGAUAUUGCUUUAUUUUUUUGUUUUGCUACUUUACCUGACUGAAGACUUGGCCUUUUUGUGAGUUAUACCUGGUGUUUGUUGGGUUGCCCCCUUCUGAAGUGAACAGAACCGGGUAUGUACAGCUGAAACACUGAGGGGUCUACUGAAUUCUAUAUUACUGGAAUCCUGCCUGUGUUCCCCCCAGAGAUGAUAUAUUGACACGCCCCCUUAAUGACAUCACUGAAUACAAUGAGAAAAUGUUCUGUGAUACAGCAGGUUUACAGGUUUUAUGGUGGCAGGAUUACCAUCUUCUGUUGUUUAAAUCAUUAAGCCCCCCUAGGACAGUCCUAUCUUGUUGUUUCCUAAUGCGCCUCAUUGUAAGCGAAGGGGAAAAAAUGGAAAUCAGCAGUAUAGAAAGUAUAUUACACUGAUUCCCAUAAAAACAAGAUUUAAAAGUUAUGUCACUUAUAUAUUCAAGUUGGAAAUACUGUUAGAUUUGUAUCUUUUUUAAAAAUCUUGACCAAAUGCUUAGCCUUGUAAUUAUGUAAUAAAUGCAUCAUAUCGUU